AUGAAUUGUCCAUUAGAACAUGAUUGUAAAUUAAAUUUCUUCAUUCUAUGGAAGAAAAUUAUCAAGAACAAAAACGUGCUUAUUGGAGAACAUGUUCAUUUAUUAUUGUAUUAUAUACUUGAAACAGCUUUUAAAUCAAAUUAUAAUGUUGAACUUUGUUCAUUUCCACCACCACCACAAUUUCAAUAUGGAUCAUUUACUUAUGAUAUCAAACUUAAUCUUGGAGAUUGGCAACCAAGUCGUGAUGAUUUUCGUUAUGUAUCAAUUCAAGCCUAUAAAUUAUGUGAUCAUGAUCUUCGUUUUAAAUAUUUAGAUAUAACACAAAAUGUAGCUGAAGAAAUGUUUGCAUAUGAUUGA